GUGUUUUUUAAAUAUAUAUACAACAGAUAAUGACGACAGAAAAAAAGAGAAUUGUAUUUGCAGAAAGAAAAAGAGCACUUCAAAUGGCUGCCACCUGUGGUCUUAGUGUAAUUGAAGAACAAAAAGAAUUAAGAGGUUACCAGAUCUAUAUUGUUGAACAAUGGGUGUGUGAUCGUAAAGUACCUUCUAAUGUUGUUAAAGUAUUUACAGGAGAUGAAAAUCAUGUUAUUCAAGUUGCAGUCAUUGCUAUUUCAACAGCUGAAUUACAACAUCCUCGACCUCAAAUUCAGACAUUUUUAAAUCUGGGUGCUCACUUAAAGUCAAAACCAACACCAUUAGGAGAAAUUUUAUUAACUAAUCCUGGUGAAUUACCAUUUGAUACUGAUAUGAUACUUAUACCUGAUGGUGAUUACGAUAAAUGGAUAAAGAAAGUAUAUGUUAACAUUAAUUUACGAAGAACAAAUUGUACAGGCAGGAGCUCUCUUAAUCUUCGACCACUCAAUCCUGCUUCAGAAGAGAAAUUUAGAUCACUCUAUAAAAUUGCAGAUGCUGUUCAUUUUGAAGAUGCAGUUAUUAACUUGGUUUCAUUAGUACAAAUAGCGUUAUAUCUAUUUAAUUUACUAGAUAAAGAUUACAUUGAUGGUCUAAUAUGUAAUGAAACAACAAACGCACUAUGGAGCUUUUAUACUAAAUAUAAUCCUAUUAAAACAACAGAGUUUACAUUGAAAGAAGCUUGGAUGGAGCCUCAUUUAUUAGCAGCAAUUAUAUCCAAAUUACUUGUGUGUAAAAACAAAUUACAAGAUUAUAACUUUACUACUAUCAAAGACCCCUUUAUAGACUAUGAAGCCUUUCGAUUUGAUAUUGGUGAUUAUCAACGUUAUAAAAAUAUAAGAGCAACGAAAUUCAUUGAUAUAGACACAUUGGCAAAGUUAAAUGAAUAUAAUUUUAGCCAACUUAAGGUUACAAAGGUCAUUAAAUCAAAGCUGGAUGAUAUCUCAGGUACGACAAAUUCACCUCUAUUCAAUGAAACAUCAGAUCCAGAAGUAUUUCGUCAUCAUGCCACUAUUGAAAGUCUUAGAGCCAUUUGGAGACCAAGAUUAAAAGGAGGCGGAACGAAACAGCAAAAUGAACUAAUGCAUAUGCUUAAACGCACGACAAGAACAGGUGGUGCUGCUGUUGAUAUGUUGACCAGAGUAGCUGGUUCAAUUCCAUGGAUUAAUAAUGAUAGCACGAAUAACAAGAAA